GAGAGCAUAAAUUCGUCGCAGACUAGGCUCAGAAUCAAUGAACCCACCAAACUAACAAACUCCAUAAUUGAAACAAACAAAGAAAAAAGUGGAUUCUCAAAAUUGAAUGAAGCAACGAACGAUUCAACAUCAAAUCUAGCUGAAUUAUUGUUUCGCGUUGAUUGAUUGAUCCGGAGAAAGGCGAUGACAUCGCCUGGAUCGAAGAAAGUUGUUACCACCGACGACGGAUCGGAGAAGAAAGUUUCCGGCAAUCUCGGAAAAGUAAGUUUUUCCGGAGAUCUUAAUCAUAGUGGAAGCCAUAGUGGAAGCCAUAGUCGUAGCAGCAGCAGCGCCGGAGGUGGUGAAGGAGGAACGUUUGAGUAUUUCGGAUGGGUUUAUCAUUUGGGUGUGAAUAAGAUCGGUCAUGAGUACUGUAAUCUUCGUUUCCUUUUCAUUAGAGGCAAAUAUGUUGAGAUGUAUAAAAGAGAUCCUCAUGAGAACCCAGACAUUAAACCUAUAAGGCGUGGUGUCAUAGGGCCGACAAUGGUGAUUGAAGAGCUAGGACGUCGAAAAGUUAAUCAUGGGGAUGUCUACGUUAUAAGGUUCUAUAACCGGUUGGACGAGUCAAGGAAAGGAGAAAUUGCUUGUGCUACUGCUGGAGAAGCCCUGAAAUGGGUUGAGGCUUUUGAGGAAGCAAAGCAGCAGGCUGAAUAUGCACUAUCGAGAGGCGGAAGUACAAGAACAAAGUUAAGCAUGGAGGCCAACAUCGAUCUGGAAGGACAUCGGCCUAGAGUACGGCGUUAUGCUUAUGGAUUAAAAAAGCUUAUCCGAAUUGGGCAAGGUCCAGAGUCUCUUUUGAGGCAAUCAUCUACCCUGGUUAAUGAUGUCAGGGGUGAUGGUUUCUAUGAGGGUGGUGACAAUGGAGAUGCAAUCGAGGCACACGAAUGGAAAUGUGUUCGUACAAUCAAUGGUGUUAGGAUUUUUGAAGAUGUUGCUAACUUCAAGGCUGGUCGAGGAGUUCUUGUGAAAGCCGUUGCUGUAGUUGAAGCAAGUGCGGAUACCGUGUUCGAAGUACUUUUGAACAUUGACAAACAUCAAAGAUACGAGUGGGAUGCAGUAACAGGUGAUUCGGAAAAGAUAGACUCAUACGAGGGUCACUAUGAUGUCAUUUAUUGCAUAUACGAUCCUAAAUAUCUUUCGCGAUGGCAGUCAAAGAGAGAUUUUGUGUUCUCUAGACAGUGGGUUCGUGGGCAAGAUGGGACAUAUACAAUCUUACAGUUUCCAGCAGUGCAUAAGAAACGGCCUGCAAAGUCUGGAUAUCGACGUACAGAAAUCACGCCAUCAACUUGGGAAAUCAAAAGCUUAAAAAAGCGCAGCGAUGCAGAAACUCCAAGUUGUCUUGUAACACACAUGCUAGAAAUCCACUCUAAACGUUGGUGCAAAUGGAAGAGGACCAGCUACUCAAAGUUUGAAAAGACUAUUCCAUAUGCAUUACUCCUCCAAGUAGCAGGUCUGAAGGAGUACAUUGGAGCAAACCCAGCCUUCAAGUAUGAAACUUCCGCCACGGUUGUCCAGUCCAAGUUCCAAGAUGUCCCCAAUGGUGAAUAUGUAGAUGAAGAAAUGGAGGAGCAGUUUUAUGAUGCCACGGACUCAUCAUCUGGAGAAGAGGAUGAGGAGGAAAGCGAUGACGAUGAUGAAAAUCAGGACAAUAAGGAGAUAAAAGUUAAACUGAAGAAUGUUUCAUGGGCAAUCGCUAGCUUAUCUUUGAAGCGACCUAAAGCUCCAGGCGCAAGUAAUGUAUUAGACGCUAGUGUUGAUCCUGUGAGUAUCGAUCCAAGUCAGUUCCAAGGAUCUCUGCGCAAAGGAAAUGGUGAUAAGGACUCAAAUUGCUGGAAUUCUCCUAGUGGCAUGGGGUUUAUGAUCAGGGGAAAGACCUACCUAAAAGAUAAUGCAAAGGUGAUGGGUGGGCAGCCCCUUCUAACACUUAUAUCAGUGGAUUGGUUCAAAGUUGAUAGUGCUGUAGACAACAUCGCCCUGCAUCCAAAAUGUCUUAUCCAGUCGGAACCUGGGAAAAAGCUCCCAUUCAUCCUAGUCAUCAAUCUACAGGUACCAGCAAAGCCUAACUAUUGUCUGGUACUCUACUAUGCUGCGGAUCGACCUGUAAACAAGACUUCAUCCCUGGGAAAAUUCGUGGAUGGGAGUGACAGUUACCGCGACGCAAGAUUUAAGCUAAUUCCAAGUAUUGUUCAGGGAUAUUGGAUGGUCAAGCGGGCUGUUGGAACAAAAGCCUGCUUGCUCGGUAAAGCUGUGACCUGUAAGUACCUGAGGCAGGAUAACUUUUUGGAGAUUGAUGUAGAUAUUGGAUCAUCGGCUGUUGCGAGGAGCGUUAUUGGUCUGGUCCUUGGUUAUGUCACAAGCCUCAUUGUUGAUCUCGCCAUCUUGAUUGAGGGAAAGGAGGAAAGCGAUUUGCCCGAGUAUAUCCUUGGGACAGUUCGACUUAACCGAAUAGAGCUGGACUCAGCCGUAUCAUUUGAGGUUUGAGAUUUGAUCAAGGAUUAAAGAUUUUAUCCGAUUGUAACAAUGAAAUUGUCGUACUUAAUCUCACUGCAAUCAAUAACUGCAGGAAUGAGACCAUCCAGUGCCGACUAUAACAUGUGACAUAUGUCUUAUGGAUUGCGACCCUUUGGCCAAAACAAAAAUAACAUAUGAAUAAUGAAAGAUUGAACCGUACAAUUUUUCUUCUUUUCUUUCAGAGAUUGUAAGCUCAGACGAGUGAAGAGGUUUAGUUUUUUCAAGGUGGAAUGGUUUAUAAGUUAAUGAACUUUGAAGUCGUUACUGAUAAAAGAUUUGACUUUUUGCUAAGUGUUGAGAAUGAAUUUAAUUGUUUAACAUGUCAAGUUUAGUG